AUGAAGAUAUUUGUGGCAAUUGUAUUGAGCGCCUUGGCGUUGGCUCAAGCGGAUAUAAGUCUCACGCAGCAGGGUUACAACUAUCGCGUAAUGCAGCCACUGCAGCAGCAGCAGCAGCAACAACCCAAUGUGAUUGCUCAUUUGUUGAACCAGCAAUUGCAGCAGCAGCAACAGAUGCAGCAGCUGCAGGGCAACACUCAAGUGCUGCCACCACUGAAUGUGCCACUCUCCUACUUGCCUCCCCAAGCACGCAACACUGUGAACACUGUUAACACUGGCAGCACUGGCAACAUCUUCCCCAUGCCCGCCAACUUCCCCAUCAACUUUGCUCCACUGCUGCAGCAGCAACAGCGUCGCUCUCGUCCACGUCAGCGCAUCAACAAGAAGCCCAUUGUCACCAAGAACUUCUUCAUUCACUCCGCUCCCGAGGAGUCUGAGGAGGAGAUUCAAGAUGAGCUCUCUCAGUUGUCCCAGCAGCCACGCAAUCACUACAAUGUGCUGUUUGUGAAGACACCCGCUCAGACCAAUCGCGCUGCCGCUUUGAACCUGGCCAAGACACUCAAGCAGGAGAAGACUGUCGUCUAUGUGCUCGCCAAGAAGACCACCGCUGCUGAUCUGCAGGACGCCAUUGCCGAUGCACCACAGCACAUCAACAAGCCCGAGGUGUUCUUCAUCAAGUACCGCACACCCGAGGAGGCUGUGCAUGCCCAGCGCCAGAUUCAGUCGCAGUACGAUACUCUCGGUGGCAGCUCCACCAUUACCGAUGAGGGUUUGGCGCCCAUUACCUCAGUUGUUGGCUCGCUGGAUGCGCCUGAGGAGGAGGAGGAUGAGCAUGUGCAACAGCAACAGCAACAGCAAGAUGUGCUGUCUGGACAGGCUCAGCUCAGCCAGCCAAUCAACCAGAACAUCAAUGGCAACGGUGGCCCCAUCAACAAUCAGUAUCUGCCCGCUCAUCAGUUUUAA